AAGGAAAGAAAAGAAAAAAAACAACAACAGUUCCCAAAAUACGACACAUUCCAGAACAGGUUUGAUAUAAAAACGGGUGCGAGCUACAGUGGACGCAUGAGAGAAUUGCUCCGGUCAGUAGGUGUUGCUGGUCAUCGGGAGCAGUCACGGGAGCUCACGCAGAAUCGGCAGAAUGGGACGCGUUGCGAUCGUUUCCUCGUUGGUGAUAGUGGCGGCGGUGAUCGGGUCGAUCACCAGCUACCAGGUGAAACCGGCCAACUACGCCAAACUGGUUGAGCAGCAGAGGAAGUUUGACGAGGCAUUCGAGAAAGAGUUCUACGUGGAGCACACCAAGUAUGUUGAGUCGGGUGAGCGAUCGGAGCGGCUGCAGGAGAUGUUCGAGUACAUGCGCCAGCAGCCGGAUAUGUUCCGGAUGGAGAUGGAUGACCAUCCGCUGCCGUACCUGACCGUGGAGUGCACGGCUUGUCGUGCGUUGCUGACGACCUAUCUCACCUACCGCCGUGUGCUUGGCUGGGAUCGGGACCGUAUUGCGGAGCAGGCGGCUUCGACUUGUCAAACGCUGAACAUUCUCACCGCAGACAACUGCCUGAAGCUCGUGAACAAGAACGUCGAUAUCUUGCUGUACAUUAUCGAUAACCGUCCGUCGCUGACGGCGCAGACCAUGUGCGGUAUCAUCUUCCAGUCGGGCUCUUGCGUUUUGGAGGAUCCGACCUUUUUGAACUGGUCGAUCAAUGUGCCAGCUGGCGGUCGUCCAAUUACCGCUUCCAAGACCACUCCGAACCGCGGCGCCAGUGACUUCAAGAUCAUCCACAUCACGGACGUGCACUACGAUCCGCACUACCGCACCGGGUACAACGCUGUGUGUGGUGAGCCGUGCUGUUGCCGCGAGGGCCAAGGCAUUCCGGCGAAUCCCGCGGACGGUGCCGGCGAGUGGGGUGACUACCGUGAUUGUGACUCGCCCUGGAAGGCGGUCGAAGACGCAGUGCGUGCGGCCGCUCGCCAGCAUCCGGAUGCGGCGUACGUGUACUACACCGGGGACAUCAUCGAUCACGGUGUGUGGGAGACAACGGUGGCGGGCAAUAUCGUCUCGAUGACGCGCACUUACCAACUGUUCCGGGAUGUGUUCGGCUCGAAGCCCGUCUAUUGUGUGCUCGGAAACCACGAGAACAACCCGACGAAUGUGUUCGCCCCCAGCUACAUCGAUCGGGCCGACUUUUCUGCCAGCUGGUUGUACGAUUUCUCGGCCGAUCAGUGGGCCACCUGGUUGCCGGCCGCCACGCAGCAAACCAUCCGCCAGGGUGGGUUCUACACGGCGCUGGUCCGACCCGGGUUCCGCAUCAUCGGCAUGAACAACAACGACGCGUACACGUUCAACUGGUGGAUUCUGUACGAUCCGGCCUACCUUCAGGCACAGCUCCAGUGGCUGCACGAUACGCUCCUGCAGGCCGAAGCGGCCGGCGAGAAGGUGCACAUCCUGGCCCACAUUCCCAUCGGGGCCGGAACCAGCUACCGCACCUGGGCUCGCCAGUACCGUCGCAUUCUGGAUCGCUUCUGGGACGUUGUCGAGGGUCACUUCCACGGACACACGCACGCCGACGAGUUCAAUCUGUUCUACUCGCUGUCCAACCCACAGGCUGCCAUCAAUGUCGGGUUCAACGCCGGUGGUACCGUGCCGUUCAGUAACUACAACCCCAACUACGCGGUGUACUACGUCAACCCACAAACUUACCAAGUGACGGACUAUGAGUCGUGGUACUUCAACCUGACCGAGGCCAACCAGAACCCGAACCGGGCCCCGAUCUGGACGCAGCUGUACUCGUUCAACCGCGACUUUCAGCUGUCGAACGUGAGCCCGGCAUCGCUCGAUGGGCUGGUCCGUCGGUUUGCCUCCAAUCCGGCCGAGCUGCGCCACUACUGGGAGAUGAAGGUGAAGCGUGGCGAUCCGUUCCUGGCCGCCGGAUGUGACGGUGACUGUCUGCUGAACCACCUGUGCCAGAUCGUCACCAACGAGGCGAACGAUGACAGCAAGUGUAACGCGCUGGCCGCCAUCUUCCGCAAUCUGGACGACGAGCUGUUUAAUGAGGAAAAAUAA